CAGUUGAGCAAAACAAGCUGUUGGACCCUCAAAACUUUCUCUGUGCAAAACCAAGCUGUCAGACCCCAAAAUUCUCAUUUGAAGAAAAACACCCAGUCUGACUCCAAGUUCCCUGAGCAAAACCAAGCUCCUGAAUCCCAAAUCCCUAUUUGAGCAAACCCCAAAACCUUCCAAAUCCACAAACCCCUAUUUAUGCAAAACCAAGCCAUCAGACCCCAAAAUCCCCAUGCGAAAAUAGAAAAGGCAAACUCCAAAUCCUUAUUUCAGCAAAACCCAGCGUCUGACCCCGAAGUUCCCAUUGAAGCUAAACCAAACCACCAGCCCCAAAUCCCCCUUUGAGGAAGACGGAGCCAUCCCUUCCCAAAGUCCCUGCCGGAGGUGGGCACAAAGAGUUAAGCUCCUGCGGGCGCCGUGGCCAAUCCCACCGAGCGAAGGGCAGCCCUUGGCCGCAGCCCAGCAGCAGGUUGCUCUCCGCAGGUAUUAUUUUGGACUUUUUCCCGGGAUACCACGCAGGGAAACAAUGAAUUUCGCGGUCGGCGCAGGAUGGGGAGCUGCAGGACGCGCCCCUGGGCUGCCCAGGUAAAUCCCGUGCCACUGAGCUGUGCCUCCACCUCACCCCUACGCUGCCAUGGCCACGCUAGAGACGCUGCCCGUCCUCAGUGACCCGGCCUACCCCAGCCCAGAGAACUUCCACGGCUUCGCCCCCCGCUAUUCCCAGACCAUCCCCAAGAGCGCCAUGGGGAGCGUGGGCAGCGGAGUGGCCAACGACCAGGAGUUCGCCAUGAAGAGCGUGGGCACCCGGACGCAGAGCAGUGGCCGGCAGACGGAGGGGCCCCGCAACAGCUACUCCACGCGGGAGAUCUCCAACCGCUACUCCGGCGAGGAGAAGACCUACAAGUCGGAGAAAGUCUCCAACUCUCUCUACAUCAACGGCGACCUGCGCAAGAGCGAGAAGGUGAAGAUGGACAUCUGCGGCAACGUGACCACCAACAACGAGAAGAACCUGCCGCCGCCUCCCCAGUACCGAGAGCCCAGUAACCCACCAAAGAUUUUGCCAAUCUCCGGCAAACUAGACCAGAGCAAUGAGCCCUUAGUUAGACCCUCAGCCUUUAAACCAGUAGUUCCUAAAAACUUCCAUUCCAUGCAGAACCUCUGCCCGCCGCAGAGCAACGGGAUGGCAGAGAACAGAAAGAGCUUGAACCAUGCCAACAGCAAUAGCCCGUCCGCACCCAAGGGUGGACUCGACAAGAGCAGCCUUAACAGGACUACAAACCAAGGGGGGGGGCUCUCGGAUUCGGGCCGUAACUCGCUAACGAGCCUGCCCACCUACGGGACGGGCUACAGCCAGCACGUGGGCCCCAUGAGCGCCUCCACGAGCCACAUCAACCGCAUCGGGACCACCUACGUGGAGAAGAACAUCGUGGGAUACAACGGGAUAUCUACCUCAGACAGCGGGCGGUCCUCGAGCAAGAGCACCUCGUCCUUCAACAGACUGAACCAUCUCAACGAAACGAUGCCUUUCCACUCGCCCUCGACCGACGACAUCAUCCAGGACCUGGAGGACCGGCUGUGGGAGAAGGAGCAGGAGGUGCUCCAGAUGCGGAGGAACUUGGACAAGAGCGAGGCGGCCAUCUUCCAGGUGUUCGAGGAGAAGCAGAAGAUCUGGGAGAGGGAGAUGGAGGACCUGAGGCAGAACUAUGCCAACAAGUUGCAGCAGGUCUCCAAAAAGGCGCAGCGGGCUCAGCAGGCUCUGCAGCUCCAAAUCUUCAAGCUCCAGCAGGAGAAAAAAAAACUCCAGGACGACAUGGGACAACUCCUCCAGCAACGAGAGGAGCUGGAGAAGAAAUUUGUGGCUUUCAAGAAGGAGCAGGCUGAGUUUCUCCCGAAGAUUGAAGAGACCAAGUGGGAGGUUUGCCAGAAGGCAGGUGAGAUCUCCCUGCUCAAGCAGCAGCUGAAGGACUCCCAAGCUGACGUCUCCCAGAAGCUCAACGAGAUUGUGGGACUGCGGUCGCAGCUCAAGGAAGGUAAGAACUUCCUACGGGAGAAAGAGGAGCAGAUCCUCACCCUGAAGGACUCCUACAGCUCCAAGAGCGUCAACCUGGAGAUCUGCGAGAGCGAGCUGCAGCGGAAGAUGAGCGAGGUCCAGGUGCUGAGGGAAAAGCUGAACCACUGUGAGCUGGAGGUCUCCGGCCUGAAGCGGACACUUGCCAGCAUGGGACCUGCGGGGCCUUUUGGCGGGGACCUCGGGGAGAAGCUGCGGGACCCGCUGGCCUGCGAGAGCGACGAGGCCAAGAUGCAGCGGCAGAGCGAGGACAGCGUGAACACCCUGCGCAGGGAGGUGGAGCGGCUCCAGACGGAGCUGAAGCUGGAGCGGCAGCAGCGGGAGCAGCAGGUGAUGGACUUCGAGGAGGAGCGGCGCACGUGGCAGGAGGAGAAGGAGAAAGUCAUCAAGUACCAGAAGCAGCUGCAGCUGAACUACGUGGAGAUGUACCAGAAGAACCAGCUCCUGGAGCACAAGGUCAAUGAGAUGAACACAAAGACCACCAGCCCCCCGCACACCGAGGAGAAGAAGACAUGGACUCCCUCCAGACUCGAGCGAAUAGAGUCCACCGAGAUCUGAGGAGGGACCGAGGCGACACAACGGAAUUUUUUAUUGCCGUGCAUGUACUACCUACUCAAGCCAGUGAUCUUCCGAAGGAUAAUGCGCUCCCGCUGGAGCGGUGUGAGCGUGCUCCCACCAGGCUCCAUCACCCUUACUCUCCACUUCUGUGCUCUGUAGGUAAAAUAACUGUGGAUGUGCGUUGGUUUUCUAUCGAUAAUGCGACAUCUUGUCUGGGUUUUUUCCUAGUACAGCUGGUGAGGGUCAAUUGGCUCUUUUGUAAUCUGCCCUGACUGUUACUUCACUAGAGGCUGCCACCCCCUCUCCUACAAUUCACCCUUUUUCGGUUGGUUGUUUUGGAGAGUUGCAUUCAGUUUCUUUGGUUUUCCACACAUUUACGUGCAGCGAAACAGUUCAAAGUGGCAGGUUUGUUGUUUUUUGGGGGUUUAUUUUUUCCAGGACGUUUUUAGCCACAUUGGCUAAUGGAGCAAAGCUCUCGGGAUCAUGAGCAAACUCAAGUGUUCUGCAUCAAGUAUCCUGUCUAGACGGUGGUCUUAGUGAAGUCAGUGCGAGCUUGGCCACUGAUUUCAGUGAAACCAGACAUAUCUCUACCAGACGACUCCCUCUUGCCCUGGUUGCAAGAGGUUAGGACAUCCUUGAGGAGCAGGAUGAGCCUGUCCUGGUAACAGAAGCCAACAAGGAAUGAUGUCCCAGCAGGAGCCUCUCUGGAGGCUCAGCAGAGCUUAACAUAUGCUGCGUUUUACACUUCCUUGUGGUUUCCUCCUGCAGUUCCACUCCUCUGCCGGGUUGUGACCAACCCCAGGAGCAGAAAUACCCUCCCACCUCUGCCUUGGUCCCCUUACUCUUACUCUAUACCCAAGCUGGCUACAGCAAGAAAAAAGCUUGGAAAUCCAAGCUAGUUUCCCUUCCCAAGAGCCCUCUUACUUCCCAAAGUCAAUGUAACCGAGGUUUGGGGAAGCCUCCAAACCCAUGGGAUGUUUAUGCAAACUGAAGCUUUAGCAAUCUGCCCCAAAAGUGGGCAAUUGUGCCACCCUGUCCCCAAACGAGUGACACCUUGGUGCACUCUCUUGGUCCAGGGUCUGCUUAUAAACAGCACUAGAGCCUCACUCAGGAGUUGCAGCGGAGGCACAGCAGCAUCACAGCUGGAUUGCAACGGUCAGCCUUCAGUAGAGCCAUUCCAAACAGCGCCCACAGCCAUCCCACGGGGCAUCCCACACUCCAGGGAUGGAGAUAACGCAGGCCUAGCUCAAGAAAAUACUCAGCUACUAACCCUGAGCAUGAAAGAAGUCAUAAGAGGGGGAAACGCUUAAGAUCACGCAAGUGCUUACGCCCUGGUAGAACCAUAAACCAAAUCCUAUGUGCACAGUCACCGAGGCAGCAAAACCCGGCAUUCCGCUUGAAAACGUGGGCAAAGUGAGCUUGGUCCUUCCCGUCAUGGAUAAUUUUCUACCACGAGUCACAAUAAAGAGAAGAAAAAUGUCGCAAAGUGGAGUUUGCACUGACUGGGUGGUGGCCAAAGGAUCAAUAGGAGUGGGGAUUUUGGCCCUUUGCCCGGGGGAGCAGCUAGAAGAGAAAAGUUGGAAUUAGCACAGGGACAUCUUGACAUGUCCAUGAGGUGACUCCAGGGAGAGUUUGGCCAGAUCACAUUUCAUGUGCAUACCAAGGAAGAACCUCGAGGCAUUGAGGGGCUGAAGACCUUCCAAACAAAAGCCUGCACAUUUUCCAUGUUCUGUCUCCCCAAAGCUCCCCUGUUCAUGACCGGGUCUGACCUUCAAUUUGAGAAUAAAUAUUGUUGUGGUGAGCUCCAGACUGAGCAAAGAGUGGAGACUGCAGUUAGUCCCACCAGCCCACGUCAUCAGGCAGAGCUACUGGCCAGGAGCUGGUGGUGGCUGCCAGAGAUCCCUGGAGCCAUUGAAAAGGGAGAUGUGCAACAAGACCAGGGCAUUUCAAGAUCCCAGCUGAUGGUUCCUGUCUUUUCCCACCACUUCUGCCCAUGUCUUUCAACCCGGAGGAAGACAUAACUCAUGGAAAACACAGGGGCAGCUCAGGCUAAGCCCGUCUCCCAGAACCAGCCAUAAAAGGGGGAUUAGGUCAGGUCUGACUCAUGAUGGGGAUGGGGAACAGCCCCACUGUGAAUCCUGAAGAUGCUCCAGCACUCUUGGACAUCAGCCUGUGCACCUCACCGAGGAAGGAGUGCAGCUGCCUGCCAGUGCCACCCAGCAGCAGACUUUGCCAUGCCCAGGGAGACAUCUACAUGGCCCUGGCCAGGAAAAUCCCAGAGCUUCCUCCAUGUCAUAAUCCAGGCCUUUGAGACAGAGUCAAACAUCCCACACUGUCAGGGCUGGAGAUCCCCAAUCCACCAUCUCAGCUUUCUUUUCACAUCAGAGAAGCCCACGUUGUCCUUCUAUCCACAGCAGGUGUGUGGUGUCUGUGCCUGUGAAGAUUUCUCACCUCGGAGGAGGAAAGGCCCACUCCCUCCACCUUCUUCACUGCAUCACAUCAAUCCAGAGUUUCAAUCCAUAUGUCAGAGACCUCGACUGUGGACAUUCCCUGGAUGACAGAGCCUUGCAGACACCCAUUAAGACACUCUGCUGCUGCUGCUGCUGGUUUUCCCUCUCUCGGGAUUCUCCCAGGAUCCUCCAAGCACCUGGCCGUCCUGCCGAAACCACCCCAGCUGUGCUGCGGUGACAGAAAAUACAGAUGGUUUUGGGAGCCAAAGUGCCACAAAGGAUUCCUGUGCUUCAGGAUUCCUCCCCACAACUGGGUGUGCUGCUCCCCAUCAAGUUGUCUCCCCUGUGCCAGCCCUUUGCUCAGCAAAGACGGCGCAAAAUGAUGGUGGGACACCUGGAUUCCUGUUGUUUGUGCCCAGGUGGGAGCUCACCUGGCUCCUUCCAGAUCUUAACACUUUCACAAGUUGAUGAAAUCUCCCAUCAAAAGCUUCGUUGAGGCUCUGGGGUCUUAGCCCUGGAUUAGGACAACCAAGGGGUGCCAGGCUGGCAUUUGGGUGACAUAUCCUGGGAAUGGUCAAGGAGGCUGACAGCGUGUCUCUUGGAGGCUCAGGCAGGGCUGAUGAAUUGUUUCUGUCCCAUGGAACUCCACCCAGAGUUUGGGCUUGACCAUCCCCCAGCUCUCUCCUCCACCUUGGAGCUAGUGGAAUUCAGCGUGAUGUCCUGGCUCAUAUGUUAUUCUACAAGUCCUGCCCCCAAAAUCCUCUCUAACUUGCCAUUGGCCACCACCACAAGCUAUGGCCACGAGGAUGUCAGCUCAGUUGCCCACGCAUGGGGUCCACAGUCAUUAGAGAUGCUCUGGGAUGCCUGACACUUGCAGCUGGGCAAUAUGAGCCAAGAUUUUUGAGAGAGCCAGGCCAGUGGUGGGAAGUCCUGGAGCACCUCUGGUGUCACAGGAUCCCAUGUACAGAGCUCAGUCAUGCUCCAAGCACAUCCACACAAUAAACAGAGGAGAGGACACUGAUCAGCUCCAGCAGCUUCCAUCCAUGAGGAUGUGGGCUAAGCAAGCUGUCCUGCUUCCAGGGAAGGUCUUACUCUGCUGUGAGCGGGGCUGCUUUGCUCCACCACCAUUCCAAGGCUGGCUGCUGCCGCUGUCCCAGCAACCCAGCUGGGCUAAUUCCAGCACUCCCCUCUCACCCCCAGGGUGAACACCACAACCAGGGCAUGUUGUUGUGCCUCACAGAGUUCCACUCAGCUCCUGCCAGUCUGGUGGCAGCCGGUGACCCCAAUCCUGCCGUCACUGGUGGUGGUCACUCGCCUCCUGGUUUCCACGCUCCAGAGAGGAAUGGAAUUGUUGCUCUUAUGCUGUUGUACAGAGAGAAGUGUACUUGGAUGUAAAUAAGAGCCCAGCUCUGUAUGUUGAUGAUUAAACGGAGACAAGAAGGCUCUGUGGCUUCUCUGUUGGCGAGUGGGGCCGAGUGCUGAGUGCUGCACACGGAGUGCUCAGCACCCCGACCUGUGCCUGGCUGCAGUGGGAAUCAGGGCUUCAGCACCUCCCAGGAAAGCAAUCCACCUGGGAUUAGCUCAGCCUGGUGUCACUCUGUCCUGCUUUGAUGCUUGCUGUCUCCCUGAGCCAGGUUUGCAAUUGCCCCCUGGUUAAGGCUGAAGUCCCCUCUGCCCCUCUGGUAUCACACCCAGACUCCAUGCAGACAGUGGCUCCCAGAGGUGUCCCCGCUGAGCUCUGCCCAUGGAAAGGACCAUCCUGCUCCCCUUCUGCCCCUUGCAGUGGCACUUUAUAGCUCGCUCAAGGCAGCGAGCUCACGAGCAACAUGACCAAAGAUCUCCGGAGAACACUGGGCUGCAUGCUUGGAGCUGCGUCCUGGCUUUCCUGGGGAGAGAUGAGGCUGGUGUGGGCUGGAAAAGGUGAAUGAAAGCUGGCAGGGGGCAUGAUUUCCCCGUGUCCCACCUGGGAAUGUUUGCAGGUCCAUAAGGGCCUUUCCUGUGCGAGAUAGGACAGGAUAGAAAGGAGUUCCUGGGUGAGGUGAUCAUUCCCAGUUGGUUACACCAAUAUCCUCCACAGCCAUACCAAUUAGCUCCACACAUUUCCCCUGGAGAAUGUGGACCAGGGGCUGCCCCUAGGAGCUGGGAUGGAUGCCAUUCCCUUUCUUCUUGAGGAGAAGAGAGGAUGCAUGCCAAGCCAUGCAUCCUCUUGUCUUCAGGCAACUUCAUGCCUCUCAUCUUCAGAGCAAUAGGUCUCCUCUAGUUUAGCAGCAGACAUCACUACAGGGUCCAGUCAAUUGUUCUGGCUCAGUGGGAAUUGCCCAGGAAAAUGAGCGUCCUGAAAGCUGGUGGUCCUGCUGGCUGCCCCCGUGGUGUCCUCUCCCCAGCUCACCCCAGGGCAUCCUCAGCACCCUCCUUAUCAAGGAAACAAAUUGCAAGGUGAAGGCAGAGUGUUCUUCGCUUCUCCUGCUCAGGGUGCUGAAGGCAUCUCCGCCCACCUUUGCUCCAUGAAGGCUCCUGGACCUGGCAGGAGGCCGGUGGGAGAUCUGUGCUCCUGCAGGUGGGUGUUCGGGUGGGUCUGGGACUCGGGCAGAUGCCUCUCACUGUGCCUCUGCUCCCCAGGUGUGCUCAGCCUUCUCCACACCAUUCCUGGGAUGGGAGAGAGCCCAACUCGCCGUUAAUUUAACCCAAACCUUCAGCUUAAGCCUUGAAACCCCUUUAUAAUUCACUGAUCACCAAGACCCCUUGCUAAAGAUCUGUUCAUGUGUUGCCUGUGCCCUGCUACUCCUCUGCUCCAGCUCUCCAGGCUCUCCUGCCUCCUUUUAGAUAAUUCCCAUCCCAUUGGAGCAGUCAGUGCCUCUCCCAGUACUCUCCCAUCUCCCAUCUGGACAAGCUGGAGCUGCAGCCCGCACUGAGAAUGGGUUCUCCCAACCCUGCUCUCAGGAGCUUUCCAGAACACUGAUCCCCUCCUCUCUGACAUUCCCAUGGCAGCUCCAUCAGCCCUGCUUUACCUCCAAGGACAACCUGGCUUCCUGCUGAAGGACAUUCCCAUGGCCUGCAAUCCCGUGGGAUCAUUGCACGGCGGAUUCACACCAUCACCACCCAGCUCUGGGGCUCCCUGGUCCUUCCACCUUCUGGAAAAUCAGGGGUCUGAGGGUCUUUGAGGUCCAUAGGGACACGCAGGAUCCCACAGUGUAUCAAGGGGUUGGGAUCACAUCCAGCUUUUUGCAGGUGUUGGCUUCCCAAUAGGAUGUUCCAUGCUGGCAGUGCAACUGCUGUCAGCACCAAGCUCCUGUAUUUUCAGGAUAAUCCUCUUCCCUGGUUCUCCCAGUAACGGGGAUCGUGUCAGGUCUGGAGCCUGGGACCAGGCCGUGUCUCCACAGCUCUUUCACAGAUCUAUUUUCUCCAGCAGGAAGUCUCUGCUUUCUGUCCCAAAGCAAUAGGUUUUUCCAGGGAGAUUUAAAAGGGACUCUUCCCAACUCUGACACCUGCAGGCAAGCCAACAUUCCCGUGAAUACCUUCACAGCUCCAGCCCCGGGCUCAACUCCUUCGGAAAGGGAUGCGAGGUCCAGUCUGGCUCUAAAUGACCACAGUGUUCUGAGCUUGGUGGCCCCGUUUAUCCGGAGAGUCCAAAGCUUCCCACAUCCAGCAGGCCACCAGCCUGGGUGCCCAGGAGGUGUGGCCCAUCCUCUCCUGGUGCCCAUCCCACGGCUGUCACUGGGUCCCUGCAGCGGGUCUUCUCCAUGCAGGAGCCACUGGGGUGUCUGAGCUCACGGAGCCACAUUCGGUGACAACCAGUGGGACACUGUGGCUCUGCCAUUCCUGAGAGCCAGGCUCGGAGGAGAAAGCUCCCUUUUCCCCCUUUCCUGCGACUGAAAGGAGCAGAACACGUGCGGGCAGAGCUCCAGCACCAGCGCAGGAGCGUCCCAGCACCACCCAAUGCUGCACACCUGGCCAAUGUGUCUAUGCAGUCCCUUCCCAGGCAGCCGUGUCCCCGCAGAGCCAGGGACCGGGGCUCCUCCAAGGUGUCUUCGUUUGCACUCUCCGGGACCUGGUAAUCGCUGUGAGCCCAGAGGAGCCGCCCUGGCCUUGGCCUCGCUCCGGGCACCACCACGCUGGGGAGGGUUUUUCUCACCCCAAACCGAUGCACGUCGCUGAGUCGUCCGUUCUCCAGCAGAUCCAUCGCUGUCCCCCCAAACCCCAGCUCCCCGCAGGGAGGAGGGCGGGUUGGGCGAGGCUGCUGUCCGACUUCACCAGCAAUAAGAGGAGCUCCACCGGCGCCGGGCCGUGCCCCUCUGCAGGACCUCCUGCGUGAGACCCCUCGUCCCAUUCCGGACCUCCCCGACUGUAAAUUCAAUCCCAGCCUUGUGCUUUCUUCCCUCUCGUUUCCUGACGCCUCGGUGUCUCUCUCCUUCUCUCUCCCUCUCCUCUCUCUCUCCUCUGACUGUGAAUUCAAACCAGAAGUGUUCUGAACUCGACUCCGUUACUGUUCUGUUUCUGCGUCGACUGUUGCCGGUUCUCCGAACUGCGUCUCAACUUUGCAAAAAAAAAAAGGAAAAAAGAAAAAAAAAAAAUCUUAAAAAAAAAAUCUAAAAAAAAAAAAUUAAAAAAAUUAUAUAUAUAUAAAAAAAUAUAUAUAUACUUAAAAAAAAUAAUAAAAAUUUAAAAAGAACUCCAUAAAGUCGGGUGUCUCUCCUGUCCACGUGGUCACUCCCAAUCACCGUUGUCUUGACUUGGCCUCUGGUUUAAGUGUGUUUAAAGACAAGAGGUUGAACAAAAAAAGGAAAAAAAAAAAGAAAAAAGGGAAAAAGAGGUAACAUGCAGCAUUCUGGGAUUUUUGUACAGCAAAGGUGUAUCUGUUUCAGAGGUUCUUGUUAAAACUCUACCACACUUCCCACUUCCCUGCUGGUCUGUUGUAUGUUCCCUUUGGGUUACCCAGAUGUGAAGAGCUACUGCCUUUGCCAUUUUCUACGGUGAAUAUACAAAUAUAUCUGUACAGAGGUAUGUAUAUAUAUAAAUAGACAUGCAGAUCUAUAUGUAUACGUAUCUCCAACUCUCCUCUCUCGACCUGACUGUGAAGGAUUUUUAUUGGGCAAAAUAAAAUGGAGAAAGGCCCCGUUUUAAAAACA